AUGUACCUGAAGAUACCGAUUUUGAUCGCAUUUUUGGCGCAAUUGGGGCUGGGAGUGAAUCAACCGACAAGGUUUUCUGAAAAGAGUUGCUCCCUCCCUACGAAUAACGAUGGAAAUUUCGAAACCGCGACACCAGAAGAGGUCGGCCUAUCAUCAUCCCAAGUUGACGAAGCAUUGGCAUAUGCAAGCCUUCACGGGCGCUCUUCUGUUCAGAUAUUUCGCAACAAUUGCCUAGUUGGCCGAGGACCAGCAGAUCCAAUCACAGCUUCCAUACCAGCUCAGGUCUGGUCAGUCACCAAAUCCGUUGUCGGGAUGCUUGCCGGUAUGGCCAUCGCAGAUGGAAAGCUCGAUAUUGAUCGUCGCAUUGGCGACUACCUACCCAAUGAACCGUGUUGGGGUAAUGAAGCCCACCGGGCUAUCACUGUCCGAGACAUUCUGACCGAAACCUCCGGAACUCAGGAGGCUAUCAUCGCUGAAGCUGCGACCGUCGCGACGGAUCCUAGCAUCAUGCAGGAAUUCUUAGCACAGAAGAUUACUCACCCGCCAGGGACGCAUUUUGAGUAUGGGCAGCGCGAUGCUGAUGCUGCGGCUUAUAUUGUUCAGAGUGCUCUUGGCCGUGACCUACAGGACUAUGCCCAGGAACGGCUGUUUGGCCCAUUAGCUAUCGAUAAAUCGUCCUACUUCUGGCUACGCGAUCGAUCUGGAAACACCUAUGGUUAUGCUUGGCUAUUUAUUGCGCCUAAGUAUCUUGCCCGCCUAGGACUUAUGAUGCAGAAUGGAGGGCAGUAUGCUGGUCAACAAGUUGUGCCUUUUGAAUGGGUCCAGGCUGUGGCUACUCCCUCUCCGAAGAAUCCUUGCUACGGAUAUCUUUUCUGGAAUAAUCGUGGCAAGCCAUGUACCGGUGCGAAUAUCCCGGUUGCUACUACAAUCCAGCAGACGAGUGUUGCGAGUGCGCCACAUGAUCUAUUUGCCAUGGUGGGAGCUUUGCAGCAGAACAACUUUAUGAUUCCUUCCCUGAAUAUGACGGUCACUUGGACUGGAGUGUUCGGUGACACGGCACCGAAUCUAUCAGUGCUUUUGAGUGCCACGCCUGGUAAUCUCUACUAUGAUUUCUUUCGUAUCCUUAUGCAAGCGGUUUCUGAUCGUAAGGUCCCGGAUGCGGGUCCGUAUGAGUCGCCGCCGCUCAGUCUCGAUAUAAACCCGUUCAACUACUUGGACCCAGAGGUCUUGCUUGAUGAUUUACUUUCGAACCCGGAUUGCAACAUCUUGGUCUGUAAUGGCGGGAUCCCUACGGAGGGUUUAUUCGACAAUCUUGAGGCUAUCCUUGGCUACCGGCCAACAUUGUAA